CCUGGGAGUGUCCAUGCUAUGGGCGUGGUACGUCAUCAGCCGGAGCUCUCGCAUUGACCGCAGCCCGUUUGUUGUCUAACCUUUACCGCAAUGGAAUGAAUAUAUAGGAACAUGUUCCUCGCCGCAGCGCCGUACUUCUACCGCCGAUUCCACUCGGACGACUGGGCGGCGGCCCAUUACCAGUCAUCCAUUUUGACCGUCUCGACCGUCACGAACCUGGGCUCGUCGUUCAUCCUCGCCAAGCUGCAGAAGGGCGCGUCAUACCCGAAGCGGGUCACUAUCUCGCUGCUUAUCAACAUCGUUGUGUUCACGCUGCUUGCGUUCUCCACCAUUCUGAUGAAGGAUGUCGCGGUCAGCACGUAUUUCAGCUUCCUGAUGGUCAUGGUCUUCGGAGCUAGUCUGGCCACCGGCAUCAACCAGAACGGUGUGUAUGCCUAUGUCUCCGGCUUCGGGAGAGAGGAGUAUACCCAGGCGAUCAUGGGAGGGCAAGGCGUGGCGGGCGUUCUGCCAUGUAUCGUGCAGAUUCUCUCUGUGAUUUCAGUCCCCAGUAAGAAGGGCAAGGAGGGACAGCCAGUGCCGCAGGACUCGUCGAAGUCGGCCUUCGCGUACUUCAUUACCGCGACCGCCGUGUCGACGUUUGCCCUUCUUGCCUUCCUCUCCCUCGUCAAGCGCCGCUCAAUCAGAAUCCUUCUCCAGGGAACAGAUGACCAGAGCGACUCCGGUGUGUCCGACAGCGCCGCCAACAAGGCCGUCAGCCUCUGGACCCUGUUCAAGAAACUCCGCUUCAUGGCCUCCGCCAUCUUCCUCUGCUUCACCGUCACCAUGACAUUCCCUGUCUUCACCGCGGAGAUCGAAUCCGUCCGGGACGGUCCCGGUCGGUCGCGCCUCUUCGACCAGGCGGUGUUCGUCCCCCUGGCGUUCUUCUUCUGGAAUGCCGGCGAUUUGCUCGGCCGCAUGCUAGUUCUGGUCCCCCGGUUCUCGCUGGUUCAUCGCCCGUGGGCGUUGUUCGUGUUCUCUAUCGCCCGAGCCGGGUUCAUCCCCCUCUAUCUGCUAUGUAAUAUCCGUGGCAGGGGAGCUGUUAUCCAGAGUGACUUCUUCUAUCUGUUUGUUGUGCAGAUAUUGUUUGGUGUCAGCAAUGGGUAUCUGGGCAGUAAUUGCAUGAUGGGGGCGGGGCAGUGGGUGUCCCCUGAUGAGCGUGAACCGGCGGGUGGGUUCAUGGCAUUGAUGCUUGUUGGCGGGUUGACUGCAGGGAGCUUGAUGAGCUUUUUUGUUUCCAGUGCGUGAUGUAGGAUCUUUGAUUGAGGUGCAUAUUAGGUGUUUGGUUGGGUAUUUCAGUUAAUAGAUUGGUGCUUGACUGUAGUUUUGAGUAGAAACCGCUGUCACAGGUGAGGUGGUAUAUCAAGCAGGACAUGAAUCGUUUCAAAUAUGGGUUGGGCUGUACACAGCCAAGUACUUGGACACACGAUGUCUUGUAA